UGGGCUCACCACCCAUGGGAGGGGCCAUAGGGGUCGGGUGCGAGGUGAUCUGGGCGGCGGCCAAAGGCGGGGACCUUGGCGGUCCGAUCCUCGGCUGCAGAAGCUAGCUCUAGGGACAUGGAAUGUCACCUCUCUGAUGGGGAAAGAGCCUGAGCUGGUGCGCGAGGUUGUGAAGUUCCGGCUAGAUAUAGUCGGACUCACCUCGACGCACGGCUUGGGCUCUGGAACCAGUCUCCUUGAGGGGGGUUGGACCCUUUUCCACUCUGGAGUUGCCCGCGGGGAGAGGCGCCAAGCGGGCGUGGGCAUACUUAUUGCCCCCAGGCUGGGCGCCUGUACAUUGGGGUUUACCGCAGUGGACGAGAGGGUAGCCUCCCUCCGCCUUCGGGUGGGGGGACGGGUCCUGACUGUUGUUUGCGCUUAUGCGCCAAACAGCAGUUCGGAAUACCCACCCUUUUUGGAGUCCUUGGAAGGGGUGUUGGAGAGCGCUCCUCCUGGGGACUCCCUUGUUCUGCUGGGGGACUUCAAUGCUCACGUGGGCAGCGACAGUGAGACCUGGAGGGGUGUGAUUGGGAGGAACGGCCCCCCCGAUCUGAACCCGAGCGGUGUUUUGUUAUUGGACUUCUGUGCUCGUCACGGACUGUCCAUAAUGAACACCAUGUUCAGGCAUAAGGGUGUCCAUAUGUGCACUUGGCACCAGGACACCCUAGGCCGCAGUUCAAUGAUCGACUUUGUAGUCGUGUCGUCGGACUUGCGGCCGCAUGUUUUGGACACUCGGGUGAAGAGAGGGGCGGAGCUGUCAACCGAUCACUACCUGGUGGUGGGUUGGCUCCGCUGGUGGGGGAGGAAGCCGGCCAGGCCUGGCAGGCCCAAGCGUAUAGUGAGGGUCUGCUGGGAACGUCUGGCGGAAUCCCCUGUCAGGGAGAGUUUCAACUCCUACCUCCAGCAGAACUUCUCCCAUAUCCCGGGGGAGGCGGGGGACAUUGAGUCCGAAUGGGCCAUGUUCCGUGCCUCCAUUGUGGAGGCGGCUGACCGGAGCUGCGGCCGCAAGGUGGUCGGUGCCUGUCGCGGCGGUAAUCCCCGAACCCGCUGGUGGACACCGGUGGUAAGGGAUGCCGUCAAGCUGAAGAAGGAGUCUUAUCGGGCCUUUCUGGCCUGUGGGACUCCAGACGCAGCUGACGGCUACCGGCAGGCCAAGCGGAAUGCGGCUUUGGCGGUCGCUGAGGCAAAAACUCGGGUGUGGGAGGAGUUUGGUGAGGCCAUGGAGAAUGACUUCCGGACGGCUUCGAGGAGAUUCUGGUCCACCAUCCGGCGGCUCCGGGCGGGAAAGCGGUGCAGCAUCGACACUAUUUAUGGUGGGGAUGGUGCGCUGCUGACCUCAGCUCGGGACGUUUUGGGUCGGUGGAGGGAGUACUUCGAAGACCUCCUCAAUCCCACCGACACGCCUUCCAAUAUGGAAGCAGAGUGUGGGGACUUGGGGGUGGACUCGCCUAUCUCGGGGGUGGAGGUCGCUGAGGUGGUCAAAAAGCUCCUCGGUGGCCGGGCCCCGGGGGUGGACGAGAUUCGCCCAGAGUUCCUCAAGGCUCUGGAUGCUGCGGGGCUGUCCUGGUUGACACGCAUCUGCAGCAUCGCGUGGACAUCGGGGGCAGUACCUCUGGACUGGCAGACCGGGGUGGUGGUCCCCCUCUUUAAGAAAGGGGACCGGAGGGUGUGCUCCAACUACAGGGGGAUCACACUCCUCAGCCUCCCUGGUAAGGUCUAUUCGGGGGUCCUGGAAAGGAGGGUCCGCCGGAUUGUCGAACCUCGGAUUCAGGAGGAGCAGUGUGGUUUUCGCCCUGGCCGUGGAACAGUGGACCAGCUCUAUACUCUCAGCAGGGUUCUGGAGGGUUCAUGGGAGUUUGCCCGACCAGUCUACAUGUGUUUUGUGGACUUGGAAAAGGCAUUCGACCGUGUCCCUCGUGGGGUCCUGUGGGGAGUGCUCCGGGAGUAUGGGGUACCGGGCUCCCUUUUAAGGGCGGUUCGGUCCCUGUAUGACCGGUGCCAGAGUUUGGUCCGCAUGGGCGGCAAUAAGUCGGACUCGUUUCCGGUGAGGGUUGGACUCCGUCAGGGCUGCCCUUUGUCACCGAUUCUGUUCAUAGUUUUUAUGGACAGAAUUUCUAGGCGCAGCCAGGGCGUUGAGGGCGUCCGGUUCGGUGACCUCAGGAUUAGGUCUCUGCUUUUUGCGGAUGAUGUGGUUCUGUUGGCCUCAUCGAGCCGUGACCUUCAGCUCUCACUGGAGCAGUUCGCAGCCGAGUGCGAAGCGGCUGGGAUGAGAAUCAGCACCUCCAAAUCCGAGACCAUGGUUCUCAGCCGGAAAAGGGUAGAGUGCUCUCUCCGGGUUGGGGAUGGGGUCCUCCCCCAAGUGGAGGAGUUUAAGUAUCUCGGGAUCUUGUUCACGAGUGGGGGAACGAUGGAGCGGGAGAUCGACAGGCGGAUCGGUGCGGCGUCAGCAGUCAUGCGGGCGCUGCAUCGGUCUGUCAUGGUGAAGAGAGAGCUGAGCCAAAAGGCAAAGCUCUCGAUUUACCAGUCGAUCUACGUUCCUACCCUCACCUAUGGUCAUGAGCUAUGGGUAGUGACCGAAAGAACGAGAUCACGGAUGCAAGCGGCCGAAAUGAGUUUCCUCCGCAGGGUGGCUGGGCUCUCCCUUAGAGAUGGGGUGAGGAGUUCAGUCAUUCGGGAGGGACUCAGAGUAGAGCCGCUGCUCCUCCGCAUCGAGAGGAGCCAGAUGAGGUGGCUCGGACAUCUGAUUAGGAUGCCUCCGGGACGCCUCCCUGGGGAGGUGUUCCGGGCAUGUCCCACUGGGAGGAGACCCCGGGGAAGACCCAGAGAAUAUGCUGGAGAGAUUAUGUCUCCCGGCUGGCCUGGGAACGCCUCGGGAUCCCCCCAGAGGAGCUGGAUGAAGUGGCCGGGGAGAGGGAAGUCUGGGCUUCCCUGCUGAGAAUGCUGCCCCCGCAACCCGACCCCGGAUUAAGUGGAAGAUGAUGGAUGGAUGGAUGGAUGGAUGGAUUUUGUAUGAUACACUA